ACCUCCAAAGCUCCACUGUACUAAGAAAUUUAUAAAGCCCGGCCUUCAUUUCAGAUAUAGUACACACUCUCGGGUAGUGACAUUAAAAUGGAGAGCAGUGUACUGAGAAUGGCGAAAGAGAAGGCGGUGGUGAUAUUCAGCAAGAGCUCUUGCUGCAUGAGUUACAGUAUCAAGUCCCUUUUCUCCGACCUGGACGUCUACCCGGCGGUGUACGAGCUGGACGAGAUGCCGAGAGGCCGUGAGAUCGAGCAAGCGCUGUCGAGGAUGGGCUGCAACCCCACCGUUCCCGCGGUGUUUGUCGGCGGCGAGUUGGUCGGCGGAGAAAAUAAAGUCAUGAGUCUUCAUCUUCAAGGCCUUUUAACGCCAAUGCUCAAAAGGGCAGGUGCUCGAUGGGUUUAAGUAAACUUUAAUAUAAUAUAUAACAACGUAACAAUAUUAAUAAUAAUAAUAAUAAUGACACAUUUUAAAGUGUCCCUAGCUAAGAAUGCUAGCUUUGAGCUUAACUAGUUUCUUUUUCUACUAGUAUUUUUAGUUAUGAUAGAGAUACAAAUUAAAUUAAAGCUUGUAUGUGAGCAUAAGGUACAGUACGUAUAUAUAGGCGCAGUAGAAUAAGGUCGGAUGAUAAUAAUGUUUUUUUUUUUUUUUUUGGUUGCAGUGUACUUAGCUUUAUACAGCUUCUUCUUUGUAUUGCAAGCUGUUAUAAUUAGUCGAAUGUAUGUGAUUGAGUCCUUUUUGGCUACUACUAAUAAUAAUAUAAACUUCACUUUAUUA